CUACUUGCGCUGUUGGUACCAUAGCGACCAGAGGGAAGCUGCUGAAGCUACAACAUCAUCACCUCUUGUCGAUUUGUUGUUGUAACAAUACAAACCUUGACCAAAAUUCCGUCUUUAUUGAGCCAAAUAUACAUGUAGACCGCGUUCUCCAGCCGAAACCCGUGGACCGAAACAAAGAGCCUUGCCACGUUCGCAAUAUGUCGACGAACGCAACGAAACGCAAAUUCAAUACCUUAUUGCAGGGCUUAGGAUCAUCAAGCUCGAAAGCCGCCAACGACACGUCGGCGCACGAGACCGGCUCGCCAUCAAAUCGCUCAACUGCUUCUCCUGGCUCAGAAACUCGUCUAUCCGGCGCAGAUGCCGAAUUACUUCAAAAGCGUCGAAGGCUAGGCUUUCCGGACUCAACAGCACCCAGAGCUGGCAAAAAAACAAACCUAUCUGCGACCCUCUCUGCUAUCGUUUCCCGACCUACACUAGCACAAGACUCGUCCAAGAGAUCUACAGGGGGACCCGCGCGAUAUGCACCAACCGAUCGAGGAGACCUUUUGAAAAGGCUCGGCACGUUCCAAGAAAUAACAGACUGGACUCCAAAGCCGGAUAAAGUGAACGAGAUAGAAUGGGCAAAGCGUGGAUGGGUUUGUCGUGGCAAGGAAACUGUUCGAUGCCUUCUCUGCCAUCGAGAAUUGGUCGUCAAACUCAAUCGCAAGGUUGUGGAUGGAAAGGAGGUUCCUGUUCUUGUGGCAUCUGAGAUAGAGGAUGCAUUGGUAGACAAGUAUGCCGAUCUCAUUGUUACUUCACACCAGGACGAUUGUCUCUGGCGUAAGCGGGGCUGUGAUGAUUCCCUUCUCCGGUUGUCCUUAACCAAUGCAACUACGAGUCUUGCGGCUUUACGUGAGCGCUAUGAUGAGCUGCUAGCGCGAAAAUCAUUCUUGCCCUAUGAGUUCAACCUUCGAUUGCCAGAGGAGUUAAACUUGGACGAUGUUCUUUCGCAUCUACCGAAAGACUUCUUCACCAAGCCCCCACCAGCAAAGGAGGUUGAGGCCCAGCCAAACCGGGUCGCACUAUCGCUUGCCUUGAUGGGAUGGCAAGGCCUCAAUAACGCUCGUAUCGGUGCGGUGCCAAACUCGGCAUCAUGCCAUACCUGUCUCAGGCGACUAGGAUUGUGGAUGUUUAAGAGCAAGGAAGUGGGUGGGAAUAAUGAGGUUCUGGUACCGGCCCCUAUGGACUUCUUGGACCCAGCUCGAGAGCAUCGCUUCUUCUGCCCAUGGGCGAACUCUGAGACCCAGAAGCAGGCACAUUCCCAGAAGGCUUCUGGGCAGGUUUUGCCAGGCUGGAAGGUGCUGUUGCGAACCAUCGCAAAUGAAGCACAUCUUCGCAGUGUUUAUGAGGGGCGUUCGCCUGCGAGACCGCGAACCGAACGAUCAAUGGGAGCACCAUCUACACCUCAGAGGCCUGGAACGGCCGCAUCCAUCAACACACCAGUUCAGACCCCUGGUUCCGUUGGGGCAGGUCUUGACAAUGUUGAAGAAGAUGAGAAAGAGAGAGACGUAAAAGAUAAGGAGAGAUGGGCGAGGUUGAAGAGAGUCAAGAGUUUGUUUGAUACGAAAGGGAGCAGGAAGCUGAGGCACCCGAUAAGCAAGUCCAUUAGUAGACCCGGAACUGCGACUUCGACAAAGUCGGCCAAAUCAAAUGGAGGCCAGGCGGAAUGAUGAGUAGAGUCUCUGCAUUUGUUUGUAAUACUUUUGAUGAUACCAGAGUUGUGAUAUUAGCAUAGGUAGUGGCAAGACACAGACGGGCAACUACCCCCUUCAGGGCUGUAUUAAUACAUUAUUAAAGCCGGGGCUGGCUCUCACACCAACUUGCUUCUCUACAUAUGAAGUAUUUUGAUCCUGUCG